AUGCAGGAUCGUAAAACGCAGGCUUUUACUGUAUUCAUCAUUUUAUUGCUUGGAAAUCUUGUAAUCCUAGAAGGUGAAGCUUGCAACGAGACUCACGUGGGUGCAGACAGUGGUAUCCUUCAGUCUCCGUUUUUUCCGCACAAUUACCCGAAUGAAGCCUACUGUUUCUGGAAUAUCAGAGUCAACCAAUCACAGCACGUGUUUUUGAUGUUCUCAUCAAGUUUCAGUUUACAGGCUGAAAACAACACAGAUGUCAUUCGUGUGUACGAUGGAGGGAAUACCACAGAGGAGGAGUUGGGAGUGUUUUACGGAGGACACCCGCCCCCUCAGGAUGGACUCUAUUCAUCAGCAAACCAAAUGUUUGUGGUUUUUAAAACGGACAACAACAAAUCUUUCUCCGGUUUCCAAGCUUCCUAUCACGCCUUAACGUGUUCCGGUAAGGAUGUUUCAGAACAACUGACCUUCUUCUAGGCCACAAUGCAGUUUCCAUUCAAAUUUUCAAAGGCAAUAGGCCACUUCCGAGUUCCGAAAACCCUCACUUUCAAAAUGAGGCCAAGUGCACAGCCAUUCUUGUGAAAUUGAGUUUUAUUUGCAUGAGAAUGAAAAAUCAUCUCCAUAUCAAUGGCUAAGCACUAGUCGUUUUGAUACAGAGGCCCAGGGGAACUCGGAUAUGGCCUACCUUGCAUUGCCAUCAACCUCGAGACAGGCAGAGGGAGCAAUCUUUUUACGUAACUUCGCGCGGUAGCUUCAAGCCUUGACGAAGACCGGCGAAUGAAGGCGUUGUUGAAACUUCACUUUUAAAAUCAUGUUUAAAUCGUUGUAGAUUAUAAACACUACUUAUCGACCGAGAGUGAUGUCCGAGAUUACAGGGAAAUCUCAGACCGAGGCUUUGAUGUAAUAGGGAGCUUAUAAGCAACAAGGACGGCGACGGCUACAAACGUCACUUAUUCGCUUAUUCUGUCUCGUUUAAUUCGUGAAAUGUUGGCAAAUUUUUUUGGAGUUAAGUUCUAAAGGACUGUAUCAAAGUUCAGGAAAGAAAAAGAAACUUGUUGUUGUGUGUUCCCGUCCUCGACAAAACUGCGUGCAACAACAGCAAAGAAAUGUACAAUAAAGCGUGAUGCACGUGCAACGUUGUUGUUUUGCGAGUAUAAACCUUUUCCUUUUUGGCCGUUGUCGUUGCCGUUCGCUGUCUUCAUUGCUUAAGCUCCCUAUCUAUACAUCGAGGCCUCGGUCUGAGAUUUCUCUGUAAUGACCAAACGCACGAGGUUAAUAAGUUCUUUAUUAUAUGGCCUUUUUAGCGUCCUUUUCUUUAAAGUUGACUUCCAACACAGGGAAAAAAAACCUAAACAAUAACGUAAAGUCAUAGCAGCCUAACACUGUCGGCCCUUGCCAUAGGGUACUUUGAGGUCUUGUCUAAGUGGGCUACGAAAUUCCACUACCUCUUGACUAUUUUCUAUUGUUUGUUUCCUUGUUUGACAUAUUUUUUGCUUGAAAUAUAUAGAUCCUCUUGGAAUGGAAAGCGGGGCCAUUUCUGAUGCUCAAAUAAGUGCAUCUUCGCAUUAUACCAAGAACUGGCGGCGUGACCAUUCUGCAAAAAAGGCAAGGCUAAAUUCGAGAGUGUCGUGGAGGAAUAUAGAAUGGUGGGCAGCGGCUACAAAUGAUCUUCACCAGUGGCUUCAAGUGGACUUUGGUGGUUACACCAAAGUAACUCGUAUCGCGACUCUGGGAAGUGGAGACGGAAUCGUACAAUAUGUGACCAAGUUUAAAAUCCGGUAUAGUUCUGACGGAGUCAUAUGGCAAUUUUACAAAGAACCUGGUAAUGCGAAUGCUUCAGCAAAGGUACGCUGGACUUGCUAAAUAGGGAACUUAGGCAACGACGACGACAAAGAGAACUGCAAAAAAGCAAUAGUUCCGGUUUGAUUAGCAAAACAAUAACCUUACAUGUGCAUCAUGCUUUUUUUGUACAUUUUUUUGCCGUUUUUGCAAGGCGAAAGUGCUUAAAUUCAUGUUUUGUCGAGGACGGAAACACAAGACAACAACUUUCUUUUUCUUUCCUGAACUUUAACACAUUCCUUUAGACGAUAAAGUUUGAAGCCGCGCGAAUUCACUUUUUAAGUGACGUUUUGGUAGCCGUCGCCGUCGUUGUUGCUUAAGCUCCUUAAUGAAUUCAGUAAGGUUUCCAAAGAUAGCUGCCUUAAUGGAGGGCCUCAAUGGGGUUUACCGUCAGCCGUCAAAUGGCCUAAAAAUUGACCGUCAACAGUCAGAAAAGGUUAUUUUUUUUACCGUCAACGGUCAUAAAUGCAGGUUAAGAUUAACGGUCAACAAGCUUUAAAGUAUGUCAAAACUCACUAUUUCAGCUGCUCUUCACGGCAUUCCGGGAGAAUCGGGAGUCCGGACCCCCCUAUCAGACCUGAAGCUUGUUUGAGACUUAAAUUCUUACAUCUACUGGCUGAUUCUUUUAAUGCAUGGAACGCGCGUUGCAUUUUGCCACUAAACUAAAUUCCAGGGAUAUUCAAAAAAUGUAAUUGUUUUUGGGUACCCUCCUAUGAUCUGUUUACCUCAGCUCGCAAAGCAGUCUUUCCCGUGCCAACGGCGACUGGCGUUCACAGAUUGAGAAACACGUGGUCGUCUCUAUGAGAAGUUAUUUGCCACAAAAAAAGUUCAACAGUACUUUCUGAACCAAACUUUGGACCCCCCCAGUCAAAAAUUCCUUGAUCCGCCCCUGGGUAACACAAUAACUGGUAGAUCUCUUUCUGGCAUACAAAGUUAAGAAUAGCAAGUGACCGGAGGCAAACCAGUUGGCUAUUUACAAGGGUGACCGAGGAUUUGAACUCGGAACUACCGAAAACAAGUCCAGUGAGCGGUCAGGGCGGGCAUUGAACGCGGGGCCCCCGGACUACAAUUCCAGCGCCUUUAACUGCGGAUCAUUUUACGUUUCUGUGAAACUGCCCACCUAACCCUCCCCUUAACCAACAUUAACACUUAGCAAGAGCCAUAAUAGGACAGAGAGGGAAUCUAAGGGCGUUGGCCGGGAUAUCUUAAUUUUUAGAAUUAUGCGGACCACGCGGAAACAGUUUCCGGUAAACUGGUUAACUUCCGGAAGACUCGCUUUCACGAUUCAGCGCGCCAAAGCGAGGCGGCGUCAACAAAUAAAAAAAUGGCGGCAGUGGAGGGACGAUGUGGAGUUGAUAAAUUGGCCUUCUUCAACAAAGAACCUACCAUAGAAACUGCUUAAAACUUCUACACAAAAGGAUCCUUUACAAGCAACGGUAGAAAUCGGUUAAAGCGACCGCGUGACCAUCGUUUUUGUUUGAACUGCUGGAAAGAAGACAAGUAGCGUUGCGGCCCGGAUAGGCAUUGUACACAAAACGCGCGGGUCCUACAAAGACGACCGUACAAGCGACCGUGUGGACGUAUUUUCUAUUGAAAGAGGAGGGAAAAGUACGUAUAAAGGUGUCCAGUAUUUUUGUCAAGGACAUGACCGGGAAGGCGGGAAUCUUGUGGAACACACCUUUUCCUGCUUGACUGAUAUUUUAAUUUGUUCCACACUUCACAUUGGACAAUUCGCAAUUAUUCUUUAUUGAACACGAGGUUAAUAGAAACGGAAUAUUCGCGGCGAGGUCAAUAUUCCUAAAUCAGUAAAGAAACCAAAAAGCGUGGAAAUCGGUAAACAAUAGGUUUGAUCUUUACAGAAUUUUCAAACAUUGCAAAUCAAAUCGGAAACAGGUUAUAUGGAAUCGCCAAAAGUUUAAAUUCAGCUGUAAAUUGUACUUCCAAGCCUAAGAAGAAAAGUAGAGCUUUUUUUUUUUUCAUCUGUCGAAUCGCCAAGUUAGGGAAAAAGGCUUUUUGUGCCGCUAAUUUGUGUUGUUCUUCGUAAGUGCAGACAAAGGCAGGUGGCCCGGUUACUCGAGGUAAGGAGCCGUUUCUCUGUAGUUUUCUCUGUCCUGUUUAAUUGAAAUCUCAAGCUUUCGUUAAGAUUUGCUUUCAUUUUUUUGUCAUUAAGUCAGUUGAAUUUGAUUUCGGGGGAAAAUUUGUCUUUAAAGGAAAUGUUGAGUUUACACACCUCUUCAGUACUCGAUUAAACAGGGGCACCCAACGACUGUUUUCUGUGAAAUAUCUGUUCGGAGAAGCAAAAAGUGCCUAGAAUUUUCUAUAGCUUGAGGAAAGCUAAAAAUUUCUAGAUGACCGUUCCAUUCAUGUACAAUUUCGAAGCUUAAUUAAUAAAUUCCCUACGAUUUUCUGAAGUUUAAUUUUUCCCAUGUUCACUCCCCAUGUUAGCCCAUUUUUCGUAGAGAAAGGAAACCUAAAAUUUUCGGAAUCGAAAAUGCAAUGCAGAGAGGAAUCAGAAGAAUUAUCACUUUCGUGAAACUUUAAAUUGCAGCUAAAAUUUUCGGGAAAAUGAUACCGAAGCCCUUGUAAUUUCGAAAAGACUCAAGUUGCCCUAGGAUGACUGAACAGAUACAAAUUUUUUAGCGCCACUUAAAAUACAUUUCUAGAGAUCUUAAAGUACUCUAGAUAGCCUAAAUAAUUAACCUUUACAGAUCCUGCACCGCAAUGUGUAGGUAAGAACAACCCCAAACAUUUGUUAUGUACUGUGUUAAAUAAUAUAAGCUUGCUGCAUGCAUAAUAAAUGUGGGGGUUUGGAUGCGUAGGACCUUUUGAUGUUGUGUUUGCCACUUAUUAAUCCAGCAAGUUUUCUUUACUUCAGUAAGCACUCAUGGUUUUAUGUGUCGGCUGCUGAAUUUUUCUCUAUGGAAAGCACUCAAAAGUGUUAAGAAUAUAAACUACUGCAAUAAGUUCAAGCUGUGUAUAGCUUCUUGUUUAUAAUUGUCUUAUUUCUUGUACCUCCCCUCCUCAGUGAAAGCCUAAUUAACUCAUUUUCUACAUUGUAUGGUGAAACCUCUAUUAUGCAGACCCCAUAUUAAGCAGACACCCUGUAUUCAGCAGUCGAAUAGCUCAAAAUGUGGCAAAACGUUUCAUUCCAUAAUUUAAGAAAAACAAACCUGUACUUAGUGGAUAUCUCUAAUAAGCAGAAAGCAGCAAAGUUUGUGUGGAUGCCCGCCCAAUUCUAAUUAUACAGGUUUUUUUUAUUUAUAACAACCUUUAAUGCAUAAAAAUAGAUGGUAAAAAGAAGGAUGAGUGAGGGUGUAAAGAGAGAAGAACUGAGUCCUUAUGCCAGGCUGGCUCCCUCCCUAAGGAUAUAAUAUAAAAUACAACAUGUAAAGGUUUCAUAAAACUGGUACAUCAUUUUUAUGUUGUGUGUCUUUUAGACUGUGAGCAGUCUCUCUUCAGCUCGAAAAUCUGUAAGCAAGAUUAUUUGAGCAGCGAAGUCGCACGAGUUGUGAGGGCGCAAAUUCGAAUACGCUGCUCAAAUACUCUUGCUUACAGAUUUUCAAGCAAAAGAGAGACUGCUCGCAGACUAUAUGUCUUUCAGUGUCUGCAAACUUUUCUGUUGUUUUCUGACAGGUUGAAUUGAAGGAACAAUACUACUAGCAAUCAUGAAUUCUCUUUUAAGAUGUCUGCAUGACCUUGCCACGGAUAGUGGGGAAAAUAAUGUACAAGCUUGACAAACAGUGCAAGUUCUAUAUUUUGGGGCAAGGGAGCACUUAUUCAUUUAUUUAUUUAUUUAUUAUUUUUUAUACUUUUGUUAAACUAUGUGGCUGCCAAUGCAUUUGGGAUUUGAAAUUUGAGGAAUACUGGGAAGAGUGUGACCAACUGAGUGACACACAUGUUAUCGUAGACACUACAUUAAUAUUGAUUUGUCUCCUUCUAGAUGCUUUCCUUGACAUUGCCUCUUCAAGCCAUGGCAUGAAUAGAUACACUGAUUCUGUCACACACUAUGUUUUAUUGCUCCAGAAUGUCUCUCUCAAUGCAACCCAUGCAGGUGCAUAAAUUGAUUAACUCACCAAUUAAAAAUGGCUCUUGCACUUAGUUCUUACUUAGGGCAAAAUGUUGGCUUAGGGGAGGGGUAGGUGGGCAGUUUCCCAGAAACGUAAAAUGAUCCUAACUGCUAAGCCGCCCUGCCUCUAGUCUGCUACACAGCCGUUUUCAGUGCCGUCACGCAACGCUCCUCCCCAAUGUGCAGACUACCCUGCCUCCAAGGACUGCUCAGUAUUGUCAAACAUGUAAACGAUUCUUUUUCCAGGUGUUUACUGGGAAUUCUGGCGGUCCAAAUAGAAUUAUGUAUAACCGACUGAAUAAAGCCAUCUUAGCACGAUACAUUCGAGUUGUGCCGGUGGCAUGGUUUACGCACAUAUCGAUGAGACUGGAAAUCUACGGUUGCCAAGGUACUCUUUUACAAUAA